CUCCGUGGCAUCUGAUGCACGCUCCCCUUGGGCCGCCGCAAGAGAAGAGAGCGGGUGGCCCCCAUUUCUCUUGCUCAUCAUCGCGUUCCCACGGCUCCUCUUGACUCUGAGGAGCCCUAGCUCGAUCUCUCCCUCCCUUUCUCCGUCUGAGCCCUAACCCUAGCCAUCCCAUCCCCGGAGGAAUGUCAAAGGCUUGGGGCGGCGUCGGCGCCGGCGCCUGGGCUCUCGACGCCGAGCGCGCCGAAGCCGAGGAGCGCGAGCGAGAGGCUGCGGAGCCGCCUCCGUUGAGCUCCCUCCUCGCCGGGGAGCCAGUCCAGAGCUUCCCGAGCCUCAAGGAGGCGACCUCAUCGAGGCAGCAGAAGAAGAAGAAGCCCGUCGCGCUCUCCCUCGCACAGUUCAACGCGGGAAACUUUGGCGGCGCCGGCGGCGGACGCCGAGACCUCUCCUUCGAGUCGAAGGGUCUCACCCCCGAUGAGAUGCUCCGCCUCCCCACCGGCCCUAGGGAGCGGUCCCAGGAGGAGAUCGAACAUGGCCGCCUUGGUGGGGGAUUUCGAUCGUAUGGCGGCGGUGGGGGUGGUCCUCGCGGAGGAUUUGCUAGCAAUAGGGCCGAAGAGGGCGAUGGUUCGUGGGGCGGUGCCGGUGGUGGAAGGAGGGGCUACGGUGGUUUCAAUGACGAGCAGCGGAGGGGUCCGCCUGCUAGAGCACUGGAUUUUGACCAGCCAUCUAGAGCCGAUGAGGUCGAUAAUUGGGGUUCCGGUAAGAAGUCAUUUGUUCCUCCGCUGAGUGAGGGUGGGCGGCGUGAUUCCUAUGGCUCGCUGGGUAGUCGCGGUCCAUCUAGGGCUGACGGCAUAGAUAACUGGUCAACUGCGAAGAAGCCACUACCAUCCAAGUACCCAAGCUUUGGAUCAGGGUUUGGGGAUUCUCGUGCUUUAUCCGAUUCUGAUCGAUGGGGAAGGAGUAGAGAAGGAUUUAUACAGAAUGAUCAAGGGAGACCAAAACUCGUUUUAGAUCCACUAAAGAAGAAUGCUGAUGUGCCCAUUGAGCCUGCAAGGACUCGGCCAAGCCCAUUUGGGACAGCACGACCAAGAGAGGAGGUCUUGGCCGAGAAAGGUUUAGACUGGAGAAGGAUGGAAUCUGAGAUUGAGAUCAGGAAGACCAGCAGGCCCACUAGCUCACAUUCUAGCAGACCUUCUAGUGCACAGUCAAGUAGGCCUGUGAGCCCAGGAGUGCAAUCAGCAGCUCCGGCAGCAGAAAUAACAGUUAAACCUGGACCGAAGGUGAACCCCUUCGGUAAUGCAAAGCCCCGGGAGAUUCUGUUGCAGGAAAAGGGAAUAGAUUGGAGGAAAAUUGACAUGGAGCUGGAGCAUCGCAGUGUGGCAAGAUCUGAGACUGAUGAAGAAAAGCUGCUAAGAGAAGAGAUUGAUUAUCUGAAGUUAUUGACUAAAGAAACUGAGGGGGAUCUAAAUGGCGAACUCACAAAAUUAUCUUCUGAAGAACUUUCUAGGCUUUGUGAGGAGAUAUCUAGGAAGGAAAAAGAUCUAGAGCUUCUGGCCCAUCAGUUAGAUGACAAGGUUCGGUUUGGUCAAAAAACCACAGCCAGCAUUAGACCAGGAUCUGGGGCUGGCAGGAGUGAUACAUCAUCCACGAGACCACCAUCUCGGUCUGGCAUGUCUGAGGGGUCUAGGAGCAUUGAGUCUGUUGAUAGACCACAAUCACGUGGUGGGACUGGAGAUGCAUGGAUAAAGCCCAUGGAUGACAGGCGAGCUUUUCAAGGUGGUAGGGAUAGGGGCUUCUUUGAUGGCAGAAAUGGGGACAGGUCAAGUUCUAGGGAGCGGUGGUAAAUGUUGGCUUGUAUUGAUUGGGUUUCUUGACAACAAAGUCUAAAUGUGACUUGUUCAUUUAUCCCUUGUCUUGUUUGUUUUUUGUUUUUUUUUAUGAGGAAAAAAUUGGUGAUAAAACAUGAAUAGUGAGUGAUGAGAACUAAUUUCAUCACAUAAUUUAUUGCCGCACUGAUGCGGUGUAAGGUUUACAUUUUUCUCAUGUUGGGGCAAUCUACCUCCUACUUUACUACUGCCCGUUGAAUCUAUCUAUGUUUCUAACAAAUUGCAGCAAUUUCUUUUA